UUAAAGCUAAAUUGUACUACAACAUGGAUGAGAGUGAGCCAGAGGUCCACCUUGGAGCAUCAGCUGUUCCAGACCCCCCACAAUGGCUACAGGCUGUGCUGUCACAACAAAAUAAGCAACUUCAACAUGCCAUUUCACCUUUGCUACAAAGAUUGGAAGCAACAGAGGCUAGUUUGUCUGCCCUUAUGCAGCGGCCCCAUGCCAGUAAGGUAACACGUGGUCCCCACCAACAUGAUGACUCUUCCUCAUUUGCAGCUGCCCCUGAUAGAACCCUUAUGACAGAUGGAGAUGCUACAGGGCCUUCAGAUGCGGAACAGCUUUUUGCUGCAGAGCUCGCAGUCAUUGAUAGACACGUACGUAGCCCAAUUAGUCCAACUUCCUCCACACCUGGCCCUGAUGUAAGACCUAGAAGCCGUGCACAGGUACCCAGCCAUUAUAAUGGCUCUUUCAACUUGGGUCAAAACACGCACACACCUUUAAAUGCUGCAGCGCCCACCCAUCACCACCCAACCCCUCGUGGUAGAGCUUCAGAUGGACCUAAAGCUAAACUUGACACUUACGAUGGUAAGGAUGACUGGGACUCCUUCAUUAUUCCUUUUGAGCGCAGAGCUGUCAUUUACAGAUGGAGUGCAGUAGAGAGAGUGGAUAAGCUCCAUGAAUGUCUACGGGGAGCUGCUGUCAGAUAUCUGUGCUCAUUACCCGAACACAUACGUGAAGAUUACUUUCUUUUGAAAGAACAGCUGGCUUUCCGAUUUGGCCAGAAAGAACCUCCCACCACAGCACGGAGGAGACUUGGAGAACUGCGCCAGUCUAAAGAAACUGUUUCAGAGUUCGCAGAGGAGGUUCACAGGCUGGUCAUUUUAGCUUAUCCUGGAGUUGACACUGAGCUCAGGGAACAAAUUGCUGCUGAUGCUUUUCUCAAAGGGCUGCGCAACCAGAAAGUGGCAUACGAGGUUAUGAACCGUGACCCUGUAUCGCUGGAUGAGGCACAACGGCUAGUAUCAUCUUAUGAACACAAUUUCAAAGCCACACUCGGACGAGACUUUGAUCUGAAGGGGAGGACACGUCGAGUAUCCUGGGCUGAUCAAGACAUGGACUCUGAUGAGGAGGCACCUGCCUUACAGUCACGUAGAGUGCAGUCACAGCCUGGUUAUGUUACACAGCACCAGUUACAAACACUCAUUGAUAAAGUUGAUAAGCUGCAAUUAGCCAUAGCCCGCCUGCCUCCUUCCUCUUCUGUUGUUCUUCCUUCUACCGUAAGACCCACUCAACAAAUAAAUUCCAGUAAGGCAGUUCAGUCAGAAAGAGGACGUGCAGCUCAGACCCCUUUCAAGUCAAGCAGAUACAGACAUCAAAAUACCAGCCCCACCAGAACUUCUAGCGGGCCAUGCUUUCAGUGUGGGGAGGAGGGACAUUUCAAACGAAACUGCUCACGGUCCCCCAGUCCAUCUGCAAGUCCCCCUACAAAUAAUGUUGCCAAAAUGGAGCCCUCAAAUCAAAGUCACUCUGAACAUGCAGAGCAGAGUCCGUCUAUUGUACAUGUGAGCAGAGCUGAGAGUCGAGGGCCCAGUUUAAUGAUUUCACUGACUGUCGAUGGCAUACCAGUUAAUGCUGUUAUAGACACGGGUGCUGAGGCUACGAUAAUGUCUGAAGAGACGUACAGCAAAUUACCUGCCAAAUCGCCUUCAGGACUGAAAAAUGUGUGUCUCCGAAAUGCAGAAACUGGAAGGGAGAUGUCAGCAACAGGUGGAGUGGCAGUGGAAUUCAGAAUUGGCUCAAAGGUGUUGGAGUGGACAGUUUGCAUUGCACCAAUUCGCGAUGCCUUGCUCUUGGGUUUAGAUUUCUUAAAAGCUGCUGAUUUCACCAUACAUGCCUCUGGUAAAGUUUUUAUGGGCUCUGAACUCAUGCCAGCCUAUAUAUCCGAAGGCAAGGGCCCAGACUAUGCCAUUUCGAGAGUGAUGUUGGAGAGAGAUGUCACUGUGCCGCCAGAGUGUGAAUGUUUAGUGUGGGGUGUGGUAGACGACCCAAACCCAGAACUCCCGGCUGUUCUAGAGCCCGUUACCCUGGCUGAUGGAGUGUCGUCAGGCAGCAUCAUGAUUAACAUGGAACGGAGGAUCCCAGUCAGGCUAUGCAAUGUCACAGCUUCCAGUAGGCCCUUAUUACGGGGAGUCUGUUUGGGUGUGCUUAUCGAAGCAUAUCCAGACGCUCAGGAGGAGGGAGAGAUAGCGCACAUGGUUCCAGGUGAUGCUACAUUGUAUGCAAAAGACAGGAACUCAACGACACAAUAUCCUGCCAAUGAGCCUCCUGGUGAGCAUCACAUAAGAAGGGUGUCUUCACCAAACGCUCUAGACCUUCCUGAGCACCUCAGACAGUUGUUCACUGGCGCGAGUGAAACCCUUACUGAGCAGCAACAAGUGAUGUUAGUAGCUCUGCUGAGUGAAUAUCAAACAGUCUUUGCGGCAACUGAUGAUGACCUUGGGAAGUUCUCUGCUUUGCAGCACAGCAUAGACACAGGAGUGUCUAAGCCUGUUCGACAACCAGUACGACGUACCCCUUUAGGGUUUUGGAAUGAGGAGGAAACACAUCUCAAGAAAAUGCUGGAUUCAGGUAUCGUUGUCCCCUCAAGCUCAGAAUGGGCUUCCCCUAUUGUCCUUGUAAGAAAAAAGGAUGGGGGGGUCCGCUGGUGCGUAGAUUAUCGCCAGCUUAAUGAUCUUACCAUAAAGGACGCAUAUCCCCUACCAAAAAUAGAGGAAUGCCUGGAUGUGCUGGGUGGUGCAAAGACAUUCUCAACACUUGACCUUCAGUCAGGAUAUUGGCAGAUUGAAAUGAAUAGAAAAGACAGAUCCAAGACUGCUUUUGUGACGAGGUAUGGGCUAUAUGAGUACACCAGAAUGCCAUUUGGGUUGUGUAACGCACCCAGCACAUUCCAGAGGGCCAUGGAGUUGGUUCUACGAGGGUUGCAGUGGGACACCUUACUGAUCUACCUUGAUGACAUAAUCAUUUUCGGUGAAGAUGUGGAACAGUGUAUGGAGCGGCUUGCAGAGGUUUUUCAGAGGUUGCAGGAAUAUGGACUAAAGCUGAAACCCUCGAAAUGCCACCUGCUAAGAGAUGAGGUCCUUUUUCUUGGUCACGUUGUGAGUGGCGAAGGAAUUAAGACCAAUCCAGCCCUCAUUGAUGACGUUAGGAACUGGAAGACCCCAACCAGUGUCCAGGAACUCCAGUCUUUCCUCGGUUUGUGCAACUAUUACAGGAGGUUUGUUGCCAAGUUUGCUGAAAUCACCACACCCUUGACGAUGCUGCUCAAGAAAGGGAGUUCCUUCUUCUGGGAAGAGGAGCAGAAAAAGGCCUUUGAACAUCUUAAAAGGAGCCUCACAACUGCACCCAUUUUGGUGUUCCCAAUUACAUCUGGACAGUUUGUCCUGGACACUGAUGCGUCCAACCAGAGCAUUGGAGCAGUUCUCUCACAGUUGCAGUGGGGGGAAGAGAAAGUUAUCUCAUUUGCCAGCUGUCUCCUCACACCAGCUCACCAGAGGUACUGUGUCACACGUAAGGAACUUCUAGCAGUUGUCAGGUUCACAAGACAGUUCCGCCAUUAUUUGCUGGGGUCUAACUUCUUACUCAGGACGGAUCACAGCAGUCUAACGUGGCUAUACAGGUUUAAGAGACCAGAGGGCCAACUGGCUAGGUGGCUUGAAGAACUCAGUCAGUACAAUUUCAUCAUCGAGCAUAGGCCAGGUACAUAUCAUUCCAACGCUGAUGCUCUGUCUCGAAUGACUCUGAAUGAAGAACCUUGUGACUGUUAUCAAGCAGGAAGAGAGCUAGAUAGCUUGCCAUGCAAGGGCUGUCGCUUCUGCCGGAAGCUCCACCAUCAAUGGGCCAGAUUCGAGGAAGAUGUCGAUGAUGUCAUUCCCUUGGCGGUGAGACGCAUACACUCCCUUGACCGUCAGAAUGAGGAUAGUUGCGCUAACACUCCCAGUGAUGUAGAUGAAGUAGGUGAUGACAACCCAGGUCCUUCCUCAAACUGGCUGCAACCGAUGAGUUCGCAAAGUCUCAGGGAAGAACAGUUAGCUGACCCAGACCUUUCAGUUCUCCAUAAAUGGAUGUCUGAUGGCUAUUUGCCUGCUAAGGAAGAGGUCAUGAUGCAUAGCCCAGCAGUUCGCAAAUACUGGCUGUGUUGGUCUCAAGUAGAGAUGCGAGAUGGGGUCCUCUAUUACCGGUGGGAUGAUUUAAAUGGAGGUAUGUCAUCUCUGCGCUUACUUGUUCCUGUUUCCCUGAAAAAUGAGGUUCUCCAAUCCUGUCACAAUCCAGCUCAAGCAGGUCAUUCAGGGGAGAUAAAGACGCUUAUGCGGCUCCGCAGGUGUUACCAAUGGUACAAUAUGGGGAACGAUGUACGCCUUUUCGUGAAGAAGUGCCUACAGUGUAGUUCCUGUAAGACAACAAGUCCCAUGGGGAGGGCCAAGCUCCAGAGCUACCAGGCUGGAGCACCUAUGGACCGACUCCACCUUGAUAUCCUAGGACCAUUUCCAGAAUCCAAGUCAGGCAACAGGUACAUCCUCGUUAUAAUUGAUCAGUUUACUCGCUGGGUAGAGGCAUUUCCUGUCCCCGAACAAGGAGCUGAGACAACAGCAAAGAGAUUGGUGUUUGAUUUCAUCUCACGUUUUGGGGCUCCCCUUGAGAUUCACACUGACCAAGGACGGAACUUUGAGAGUUCGCUGUUCAUGGAGGUUUGUCGCCUGUUACAAGUAACCAAGACCCGGACCACACCAUAUCAUCCGGCCUCGAACGGGCAAGUGGAAAGAUUCAAUAGAACGCUCUUGCAGAUGAUACGGUGUUAUGUGGACCAAAGUCAACGGAAUUGGGAUGAACAUCUUCCCUUACUCACUGCAGCAUACAGGAGCACUGUACAUUCAGCAACGGGUUUCACACCAAAUCAGCUGAUGCUGGGGCGAGAUGUUUUCCAGCCACAUGACAUCUGGCUAAGGACGGCUGAGGUUACCAGGGAAGCUAAAAGUACACCUGAGUUUGUCCAAGAACUGCAAGCUAAUCUGCAGCAGGCUCAUCAAGUAGCGCGUCAGAACUUGCGCACCGCUCAGACUCGCCAGAAAAAGGUCUAUGACUUACGAGCCAGAGAGAAGUCCUAUCAAGUAGGUGAUCUUGUGUCAGUGAGGGUCAGUAGCAGGAGAAAGGGCUACAGUCCAAAACUCCAACCCCCAUGGCAAGGGCCUUUGGUCGUCACAGCACGCCUUGGACCAGUGCUCUACCGAGUCAGGGACAGACGAAGUGAGAAAGUACUGCAUCAUGAUCGCUUACAACCCUAUCUAAGUGACCACAUACCUGCCUGGAUGCAGCGUCUGCGACACAAAUACACCUGCAUCGAGGAAGGCUCACUGAUUCCAAUAAGUGCUCAGGUACCUGUUGCCACAGGGGCAGAAGCACCAAACCCUUCAUCCUCUGCCAGCACUGUGCCGGAAGAGCCUCGGACCCUUCUUGUAACGGAUUCUAACUGUGACCCUAAUCCCUGUGGAAAAGAGGGGAUGAAGACAAAACGGGGGCGACUUGUUCGAGCCCCAAGUCGUUAUAUGGACUAACAAAGGAAAUAGAAGACAACAAAAAGUUAAUUGUUCCCCUCAAGAGAUGCAGAAGGGACUCUGCAGAGCUAAAAAAAAAAGGGGGGUGGUGUUAUAGUGUUAGUUAAAUAAAUACAUAGUUUGUUACAGUUAUUUUACAUGUAUACGUAAUGUGUUCUUAUUAGCCAAUCAGAUGUUGUUGCGUCAUUACGUAGGGAUUAAUUCACUGCUUGUUUACGUUUAGCGUCAGUAUGCUCGCAGGCUCCGGUGCAGAUGGUCGAAUAUAACCCAUCGGCGCUGGGCAAGAGCAUACAAACACAGUUGAUGUAAAGUUGUGUCUGAAUAAGUUCAGUAAAGUUCCUGAACGGACUCUCUUUGUUGUGUGCUUCUCUUCACGCCUCCACGGACACUGUAUCCAGCUUAACACGAGAAAGCACAACAGUAUGUGUAUAGUUUUAUCUUACUUUGAAAUUGCCAUUUACUUCUACAUGGGAUGUUCCAGAAGUGGGAGGAGCCUAACUAUAUAAAAGGGCUUCUGGUAGCCAUUUUGUGGAGUAUUUUUGGAGUGUGGCAUUGCUCCUUGUAUUUUGGGCCUUGAUAUUGGCAUAGCCGGAAUACAGACUGCUAGAUUUGUAUAUUUAUUUAU